AUACAAGACCUGCUUGCUUGGUGCUUUUUUUCUACUCAAUGAAAGUCAAGUGAAAGAUCUCCUGCCGUGACAGACGAGGCAAAGACAGCCCGCUUGGAUGCUGCCGGUGGUCGAGCGUGCGAGACCUUCCUUUCCGCACCUGCCACGCUAGAAGACAGGCGACAAGGGCACCGAGAGAGCCGGCACAGGCGCACCGAGAGGCGGCCACCUCCUGAAGGACGCACACACCCCCCCCACCCCCCUCCGCUUGUAAAACAUGCUGCUGUGGACCAGAAUAGUACUGCUGGCUGUCAUCUCCUCGUCCUUGCUGGUGUCCCCCGGGAUGGGAUGCGGGCCGGGCCGGGGCUACGGCAGGAGGAGGCACCCCAAGAAGCUGACACCGCUCGCCUACAAGCAGUUCAUCCCCAACGUGGCCGAGAAGACCCUGGGGGCCAGCGGCAGGUACGAGGGCAAGAUCACUCGCAACUCGGAGCGCUUUAAAGAGCUCACCCCCAACUACAACACAGACAUCAUCUUCAAGGAUGAGGAGAACACCGGCGCCGACAGGCUCAUGACUCAGCGGUGCAAAGACAAGCUGAACUCCUUGGCCAUCUCAGUGAUGAACCAGUGGCCCGGGGUCAAGCUGCGUGUCACCGAGGGCUGGGAUGAGGACGGCCACCACUUUGAGGAGUCCCUCCACUACGAGGGCCGGGCGGUGGACAUCACCACCUCGGACCGGGACAAGAGCAAGUACGGGACCUUGUCCAGGCUGGCGGUGGAGGCCGGCUUCGACUGGGUCUACUACGAGUCCAAAGCCCACAUCCACUGCUCGGUCAAAGCAGAAAACUCGGUGGCAGCCAAGUCCGGGGGCUGCUUCCCGGGGUCCUCCUCCGUCACACUGCAGGACGGCUCCACCAAGGCGGUCAAGGACCUCCAACGGGGGGACAAGGUCCUGGCGGCGGACGGCGACGGGAACCUGGUCUUCACAGACUUCAUCACGUUCAUCGACAGGGACUCCGCCACCAAGAGGAUCUUCUACGUGAUAGAGACCGACAGCGGCCACAGGAUCACGCUGACCGCGGCGCACCUGCUCUUCGUCAGCCUCAACUCCACCGCCAGGGGGCGCGCCGAGGCCGUCUUCGCCAGCCAAGUGAGGCCGGGCCACAGGGUGCUGGUCCCGGACGGCGCGCGCCUGCGGGCCGUGGCGGUGUCCCGCGUCUCCACGGAGGAGCGGGUGGGCUCCUUCGCGCCGGUGACCGUGGAGGGGACCGUGGUGGUGGACCGGGUCCUGGCGUCGUGCUACGCCGUGGUGCAGGACCACCAGCUGGCGCACUGGGCCCUGGCGCCGCUGCGGCUCGCCCACUGGGCGUCGUCGCUGCUGUGGGGCGCUCAGAGGCGGCCCGGCGCGCAGGAGGACGGCGUGCACUGGUACUCGAAGGUGCUCUACCACUUAGGAACGUGGCUUUUGGACCCCCACGCCCUCCAUCCUCUCGGGGUGGCGUCGUCUUCCUCCAGCUGAAACAUUUUUCCCCCUCAAAGAUGGAGAUCACAGUGGUGGUAAAAAAGGAAGAAGCUAGCUCGCAGUGGAUAUUUAUUCUUCUUCUUCUUCUUCUUCGCCCUUUCCAAGAAUGAACGGAGCCUUACGUUUGAAUAAUUUAUUCUCACAGGAACUGGCAACAUUGUGCAUAAUCUAUUUUUCUAUAUCUCAAAUACUGACACAAAAAGAAGACAAAAGAAGUAGAACGGAGCUAACUGUUGAUAAUGUGCAUACAUACAAUAUAUACAUAUAGAAAUGUAUAAAUAUAUGUGUGCAACUGACUCUUAUAUUUUGGGGAGAACAAAGCCGGCGGGGUGACAUAAAUUAUAUUUUUAUACACAGAAUUGUAAAUUAGAUUUUGACAGAUCGCUACCGAAUCACAUUUCGUUAUUUGAAAUAGUGUAAAGAUAUGAGAAUAUAUUUUAAUUUAAAUACAGUAGUAUUGGCUAAAAGGAUUGGAAAAUGAAAAAAAAAAGAAUCUUGUACUGCUCGCUUAUUGAAAUGUUAUUUUAUUGUAUUUUCUGGAGAGCUGUUGGUUUACGUUGUCAGAGAGGGACAGAUAUUCUGCCUCACGUCUGCAUUCUCUACUUUUAUUUUCUACUUCUUUCGAUUUUCUUCCGUUUUUCCUCCGAGAGAAAAGACGAAAUGCAGAUUCUGACAAUUGAGUGACAGUUCAAAGUAGUCUUGAAUAAAUUAAUAACUCAUGUAAAUGUACUAAAAAUGUAUUUUUCUCUUGUUUUGUAAGAAUAGUUUUGUAGAGAUUGACCUGCGGCAGAUGCACAGUUUGACUAGUUCUAUAGGCAGUUAACUUUCAUAACAGGGCCACAUGUCUAGAGUUUAUUAUUUAUAUGUUUAUUACGAAAAUGACAUAAAGAACAUGUUCAAACUUGGA